CACCUGGAUACUAAGCUGAGUCUAUAUCGUUUUAGGGUUUCCUUGCAGCAUAAUUCCCAAUCUCCCUCUACACAAAAGCACUCAAGUCAUUUUUCCCCCAAGGCUGCGUUUCGAUCGAUAUCUGAGUUGAAGGACUUGAGUUUUCAAGGCGGCAACCAUGUCUUCGUCACAUUUCACUGCAACGACUGACUCAAUUGCUCAGGCUUUAGAAGCAAAAACCCCAUCUGAGGCCAUCUCUAUCCUUUAUUGCAUUAUUGACAGCCCUUCAUCUUCUUCUGAGGCCCUACGAAUAAAAGAACAGGCCAUUACAAAUCUCUCAGAUCUCCUUAGACAAGAGAACCGAGCAGAGGAUCUUCGAAAUCUUCUGACCCAAUUGAGACCCUUUUUUUCCUUGAUCCCUAAGGCAAAAACUGCAAAAAUUGUCCGUGGGGUCAUUGAUGCAGUAGCAAAGAUACCAGACACAUCAGAUCUCCAGAUUUCCCUCUGCAAAGACAUGGUGGCAUGGACCCGUGCAGAGAAGAGAACUUUCCUUAGGCAACGAGUUGAGGCAAGGCUAGCAGCUCUUUUGAUGGAAAACAAAGAGUAUUCAGAAGCUUUAACUCUUCUCUCAGGUUUAAUCAAGGAAGUUAGAAGACUAGAUGAUAAGCUUCUUCUUGUGGACAUAGAUUUGUUGGAAAGCAAGCUUCAUUUUUCACUAAGAAACCUCCCCAAAGCCAAGGCUGCCCUUACAGCAGCAAGAACUGCAGCCAAUGCAAUUUAUGUACCUCCAGCUCAACAAGGCACUAUAGAUUUGCAGAGUGGGAUUCUCCAUGCAGAAGAAAAAGAUUAUAAAACUGCUUACAGUUAUUUCUUUGAAGCGUUUGAAGCUUUCAAUGCUCUUGAAGAUCCCCGGGCUGUAUUUAGCCUGAAGUAUAUGUUGUUGUGCAAAAUCAUGGUUAACCAGGCUGAUGAUGUGGCAGGAAUAAUAUCAUCCAAAGCGGGGUUGCAAUAUGUAGGGCCAGAGUUAGAUGCCAUGAAAGCUGUGGCUGAUGCCCAUGCAAAACGCUCGUUGAAGCUUUUUGAGACUGCUCUUCGGGAUUUUAGGGCCCAGCUAGAGGAAGACCCAAUUGUUCACAGGCACCUUUCUUCCCUUUAUGACACCCUAUUGGAGCAGAAUCUCUGCAGGUUGAUUGAACCGUUCUCAAAGGUUGAAAUUGCUCAUAUUGCUGAGCUGAUUGAACUGCCAGUAGAUCAUGUGGAGAAAAAAUUGUCGCAGAUGAUUCUAGAUAAGAAAUUUGCUGGUACAUUAGACCAGGGGGCUGGAUGUCUCAUCAUUUUUGAGGAUCCCAAGACAGAUGCUAUAUAUCCAGCAACACUGGAAACCAUUUCCAAUAUUGGUAAGGUUGUGGACAGCCUCUAUGUGAGAUCGGCCAAGAUAAUGGCUUAAAGGUUCAAAAGGUGUAAAGCAGGCAAUUUCAGAGCUGCCACUUUCCUCUCUCCGUAGUAUAGCAGAGUUUGUGCUUACCCAUUUGGAAUGCGGGCGGGAUGUGAUCGAAAUGUGCUUUGAUUUUUAGGUGAUAUGUUUUCAUGAGAUUCUAGACCUAUCUUUUGUGUUGGGAAACUGAUUUUAUGUUGGACAAUUGAAUCCUCUAAAUUGCUUGGCUGCU